UAAUUAUCCGCCUUGAUUGCGUUCUUGAGAGGUGUCAAUCAUAUUGAUCAUAUCGUUGAGGGUAAGUGCUUUCCAUCACAACCUUCCUGCACCUGCAUACCACCGCAACAGACUUUUCGUGGAGAAGAAAAAAAGACGAAAAAUCAUCAAUACAAUCAUCAAAUUGAGGACGAGAAAUCGUUUCGCAGAGCAGGUGUGGUUGGUAGAAUUGUACCACAUAUUCUGCUGCGAGGAUGAUGCCCAAUGUACAAUUUGAUGAGAGACUGUGAAAUUCUGUUGCAACAUCGGAUUAUCAUCAGCCAACUUUUUGUCAUCUUGACCAUAUUUUCUGACAACAUCCAGACCACUAUCGACAUAUAGAAGAAAUCAGUACAAACUCUCAAUAUGCCUCCACAACCGGUACAGCGGAACUACUUCGUCACACCCUGGCGCAGUCAUGCAGACCUCCUCAAUGUCCGCCAUGGUCUCUACAGCCCCUCGACACCAGCAGAACAAGGUCAAGCCAUUGCCACAGUAGCAGCCUGGAAACAGCGAGGAAACGUGCCCCACGCAGUCGAAAGUACAGCACUCCUCAUGGAUGCCAUGCUCCUCCACGCCCAAUUCUCUACUUCUAGCGCACGUCAAGUGUCUUCUACCUCCGAUGCCUCAGAAUGGCCUCUCCAAGGUGUUACUGCUGGUACUGCAUCGUCUUUUGCGCUGAGAGCUGCCUAUACGACUGCGCUAUCCAGAUUCGUGACUGGAUUCGCCGAUUUGGGACGUCAUAGAAAUGGACCUGGUCAGAGCAUGUUUGAUGUUGCGAGGUCGAUUGGACUACCUCCUCAUUUCGUCGAGCUUCGUCAUGAAGUUGCUCAUGAAGACUUGCCUGGUCUUGCCAGACUUGUCCGCAGUGCUCGCGAGGCAGUCAAUUGGCUGUGGGGUGUGUACUGGGCUAAACUGCCUCAGGAUGCUUGGGAGCUGGAGGCUGGAGAAGAGGCUGCUGCUCAGGUUGAUCUGGAAUCAUUGGCAGCCGUGAGGCUGGAAGCUACCGAGUACCUCAAGAAAUUCAGAUCACGUAGGGUUGCAGGACUGAAGAGCAAAGCAAAGGCCAAGGAUGCUGCCAGCUCAUUACUCGAAACACAACAGCAGUGCCAAAAUCUAUGCUGCGGCGAGGACGAAGCAGCAAAGUGGGCUCAAGUGGCUUCAGUCCUGAUUGACGAUGGCUUGGUCAUACCAUCACUAAAACAGUAUGUGUGACAGGGAUGAAGUUGAAGGAUUUUUACUAAUCUUGGGUUACAGGACAAAGGGCCCUCUUGCUGACUCCACGCUGCAAGGCGCCUAUCUGAUAUGGGACGAACUUUUGAUUAUGC